UGCGAAGUAUAUCUCCAUCACUUCCAUCAAAACUUCGAAUUCCAAGUCAAAGAUUUUCUUGAACUACUGUCAAGAUGUCAGAAACUCCAAUCCAAGCCGCACCACCAACGUACGAUUCCAACACCGGAACCACGAACGAGAAGCAUGAGUACAUGCACGUUGGUCCAGAACAACAAGCGUACCAACAGAAUGGGCCUCAACCUUCGUACCCGCAACAAACAUACCAGCAACCUCAGCAAUCCUAUCCUCCCCAAGAUGCACCCAAGCAAGGCGUCCCUCAAAACAAUGCCCCAAGAAACAACUACCAGAUGGCAACUCCGCUGGCGAGUCUGCAACAGGGUCCCGCACCUGUCGAUUGUCCCAUCUGUGGCGUGCGAGAGAUGACCCGGACGGAGUUUGUUAGUGGUGGGAAAGGUUGUGUGUAGUUUGUCGGCGAUUUUGUGCUGUUGCUGUCUUUGCUUGGGGUGUAUUCCGUAUAUGGCGAGCUGGUUU